AUCUCUAUAGUGGACGGCUAUGAUCCAUGGAUCAGUCUCCUCUUAUCAAAUUGAACGAACCGUCAAAACACUCACCGACUACAAAUCACCUCUCGAAGUUAGGGUUUUAUCCUUCUCCCUCCCUCCUCGUUUCUCUGCCGCAGCUUCGGUUUCAAGGGAGCUUGCCAUCCGAUCCGAUCACCUUCUACGAGAUGGUGCUUCCGAACGACAUCGAUCUCCUGAAUCCCCCAGCGGAGCUUGAGAAGAAGAGGCACAAGCUCAAGCGCCUCGUCCAAUCCCCAAACUCCUUCUUUAUGGAUGUCAAGUGCCAAGGAUGUUUCAACAUAACUACCGUAUUUAGCCACUCGCAGACCGUCGUCGUAUGUGGAAACUGCCAGACUGUGUUAUGCCAGCCGACUGGAGGGCGUGCGAGGCUCACCGAGGGAUGUUCCUUCCGACGGAAGGGAGAUUGAGGAUGGUAUGUGCUUCAUCCUCUGUCCUGAUGCUAGGAAUGUGUUAUCUUACAAUGAAACACGAGAUCUAUAAAGUGUAGUUUGUGUUUUUGUUGGGCAACCAAAUUUUGGAAAGUGGACGGGCCAAGUGAUAGAACAGGUUGUGCUGUUAGGACUUCUCAAUGAAUUGAGAGAACUUACGUCAAGAUUUUCGUGCUGUGCUUUGUUGGCUCAUGUUUGAAUUACUUUGAAUAUGAACAAGGUGCUGUUGCUCCAACAAGUUUGUUAUAUUGUUAACUUGUGUUAUUUUUGAUAUCAAAGAGUGUAGGUGUUGUUUGAA